AGCUGAUCGAAUCCGACGACCCGACCUUGAGAUCUCCCUUGCAGUGCCUCGGGCGUAAGUCUAGACAAGCGGAAAAAACGAGGGAAGUGACAGCGACCGUCGUUGCGAACCGUCAUUGCGAACUCGCGGGCUUGUCUUGCCCUAUAUCACAGCUACCACGCCUCGGCCAACGUGAUCGGCCCUACGCGCGCCGUCCAUCGUCACCAUGUUGCCCAACCCGAACCUCUACAGUCACCACCAAUACAACCCCCACCCCGAGCAGCCCUGGAUCCACCAGCAGCCCACCCAUCAGCAUCAAGCCCAGCAGGCUGCUGCCGUCGCGGCUGCCCAGCAGCAGCACUACAACCGAUUAGCGGGCGCCCACGGCAAUGUCGCAGCGAGCUUAGGCGCCUCGGUGGCUACCCACGUCCAAGACAAUGGCCUAGAGAACGUGUCCGAGGACAACCGCCGGACCCUCAAUUUUGUCGCCGACUUGCUGAGCGAGAAUACGCGCGAGGCUGCCCUCCUCGAGCUGAGCAAGAAACGCGAGCAGGUGCCCGAGCUCGCCCUAAUCCUGUGGCAUUCAUUUGGUGUCAUGACCUCUCUGAUGCAAGAGAUUAUCUCCGUCUACAAUCUCCUCAACCCGUCCCAGCUGACAGCUGCGGCCUCUAAUCGAGUGUGCAAUGCUCUCGCGCUCCUCCAGUGUGUCGCGUCACACAACGAUACGAGAACCCUGUUCCUAAACGCCCACAUCCCGCUCUUCCUCUACCCGUUUUUGAACACGACGUCUAAGUCACGGCCAUUCGAGUAUCUCCGCCUGACCUCCCUCGGCGUAAUCGGCGCGCUAGUCAAGAACGACUCGAGCGAGGUGAUCAACUUUCUCCUCACUACCGAGAUCAUCCCCCUCUGCCUGCGAAUCAUGGAGACCGGGUCGGAGCUGAGCAAGACGGUCGCCAUUUUUAUUGUACAGAAGAUCCUGCUGGAUGACAACGGCCUUAAUUACAUCUGCGCCACCUACGAGCGAUUCUACGCCGUAGGGACUGUACUCAGCAACAUGGUUGCCCAACUGGUCGAGCAACAGACCGCCCGCCUUCUGAAGCACGUCGUCAGAUGCUUUUUGCGACUUAGUGAUAAUGCCCGUGCCCGGGAGGCUCUUCGUCAAUGCCUGCCCGAACCGCUUCGCGACGCUACGUUCAGCUCGGUGCUCCGCGAUGACGCCGCGACUAAACGUUGCCUAGCCCAGCUGCUGAUCAAUCUCUCCGAUAACGUCGUCGAGACCAACAGCGGCCACACAGGCCUUUGACAUACGACGGCGAAAGUACGUAUUAUGGCCUUGUCGCGAGGAAUGCUCUGUCCGCUUGGUAGAUCACCGUUUCCUGCAAUGACCUCUUAGGAGCCACCGAGGGCUCUCGAGAAGAUGACUUUUUGAUCCUUGGGACCUGAAUUCCCCGCCCGUUUAGGUACAGCUCAUUCGACCGAUAUGUCUAUCCUAUUCCUUUUCGCGGAGGAAUCGUAGGAGAAUCGAUACUUGGGACAAUCACCCUAACCCCUUACUCCUAAAAGAAAAAAAAAGAAAAACCUACAACCACCACCUCGCCGGUUCACGAGCCCUUUCUUUAUGGCCAGCGUAUCCGAAUAGGGUGAGAUCCGAACUAUGAGACUCGUAGGUUACUCACGACCCGGAGAGAUGGCGAUAUCCAUUGCCUCGAA